AUGGCUCUGUCUUUGCUUCUGUGCCUGCCGCAGCUUGUUCUGGCGACGUCGCACCUGCUUUCACGACCGCAUCAUGAUGCCGCCUUCAGAAGGGCAUCAGACGAUGGGGCUAUGACCGAUGCCCCGGAAGUUGACGCCGCCAAUUCCACCUUUGCCUUCAAGUUCACCUCGGUCGCUGAAGCCAGCACAUUUACCCUCUACUCGAACUCCACGCUUGAAUCUCUGGAAGUGCCACUGCCCUGCAAGACGGCCCUGGGCAGCGAGAUCAACUGCCACGGAUUUGUGCAACGCUUCCGCAUGCCAGCGUGGCGCGGGACACCCUCAGACCCGUACCUACUGCCGCUCUUGUGCGCGUCGAGCUGUGCCUCGUCGCUCAACUCGUGGGUCGGCGCCGUUCGUCGCGACUGCCGGGGCUACAACGUCUCAGCCGCGAACCCCAUCAGUCCCGGCGCCACGAUGCUCGAGGGCGUGCGCGAGACGUGCCAGGUGGACGAGGACGGGGAGACGUACUGCAACGAUGUCAUCGACAGCUUCACGCUCGUCGAGAGCAUCGACAAGAUGCCCCUGGCGGAGCUGUGUAGUUAUUGCAACGUGCGCCGUUACCAGAUGAUGCAGGCCACGCCGUACAGCGUCUACGACGACACGUACCGCCAGGACUACCUUUACAUCCAGUCCAAGUGCCCCAACGCCACGGGGCCCACCGACGUCCGCCCGCCUGAGUACGAGGUGCCCGUCACCGAGGAGCCUCUCUGUGUGUCGGGCAAGACGAUCCGCACGACAGGCGCAUCGGGAGCCGACAGCAGCUGCAGCGCCAUCGCCGCGACUUACGGCCUCAGCUCUGCCGCGCUCUUCUUUGCCAACAGCCACGUCCGCACGGGCGCCGACGGCAGACCGCUCAACUGCAGCCUGAUCCCUGCCGGCACGGAGCUAUGCCUGCCGUACGGCUGUACCAAGUCGGCGACGUUCACCGCCUCCGACACGUGCUCCGGAAUCGAGAUCGCCAACGACGCCCAGAUCGGCGACGUGGCCUUCUACAACCCCUGGGUCGACGCCCAGGGCUGCAGCAACCUGGCCCCCUCGAUCGAGCAGCUCGGGAACCGGCUAUGUCUCUCGUCCCAGACCGAGGGCUGGGUAUACACGCCCCCGGACAACGGGACGGGUGGCGGCGGGAACAACAACGGCGGGAACGGGCCUGGCGGGGGCUCGGGCUACGCGGACUUUGCGGUGGCACCACCAGGAGGCGUCGCCGUCGCGGCAGGGACGACAAGGGCGUCGCUUGCGGAUGGAAAUUUCAUCUCCCAAGAUGAGCUGAAGAGGAUGAACCCCUCCUUGGCAGAAGACGGGUGUCCCAUCAUCGUGGACAACAGCUAUUGUGUUGAGGAGAACUACGGGUCGCCGCCAGUCACCACACCAGGAGGUGUGCCCACAACCACCAGCACAGCUCGUCCUACUACCACAACCGGGAACGGCGUGGCCACUCCGCUGCCCACGCAGUCCGGCAUGGUGUCUAACUGCGCCAAAUUUGUCUUGGUCAAGGAGGGCGACGGCUUCUGUGGUGACAUCGCCAAAAGAGCAGGUAUCACCACCUCUGACUUUUACAAAUGGAACGCGGGUGUGGGCGAUGGCUGCCAGAACCUCUGGCUGGAUACGUACUAUUGCGUAGGUCUGAUCGGCAUGACCACAACGUCAGGACAGCCACCGGCCACGACGACGACGGGCGGACAGACCACGACCACCACCUCGCCGGGCAACGGUGUCGUCACUCCGAAGCCCACCCAAACUGGCAUGGUUUCUAACUGUGCCAAAUUUGUCCUCGUCAAAGAGGGCGACGGCUUCUGCGCCGAUAUCGCCAAGAAGGCCGGGAUCUCCACGGCCGACUUCUACAAGUGGAACGCAGGCGUCGGCACCGGCUGCGAGAGUCUCUGGCUUGACACGUACUACUGCGUCGGCCUCAUCGGGGCGACGCCGACGACGGCGCCCCCGGCCACCACCACGACAAAGGGCAACGGCGUGACCACCCCGACGCCGACCCAGGGCGGCAUGGUCUCCAACUGCAGGAAGUUCCACCUUGUCGUCAGUGGCGAUACCUGCGCCAAUCUUGCCAAAAAGUAUUCCAUUACUGAGUCUAACUUCUACAAAUGGAACCCGGCCGUCAAUGAUGGCGGAACUUGCAAAUUCCUGUGGCUAGAGACAUAUUACUGUGUCGGUCUGUAG